AUGAAUAAGAGGUUUAUAAAACUGGUUUAUGGUCUGUAUAUAGCCAUAUUUUAUCGCAAUGUAUUUAAGAGCUUCACAGUAAAAUGUGAAGAUAAAUCGCCAGAAGAAUCGAACGUUGUAGACUAUAACGUGGAUUCGAUUCCGCUGAAAUAUGUUCCUGGAACGGGAUAUACAGUUUCAGUGAUAAUGGGUGGCCAAACCCUAAAUCUGCUAUUACAUUCGACCAUAUGUGGGAUAUUUCUUUUCGAAAACUCAAAAAAAAUAUGUAACAGCGACGUGGAGAAUAGUUGCUAUAACCCAAACAAGUCUACAACAGCAACCUGGUGUGAUACAACAAUGACCUGCCUCCCGGGCAAGUUUAACUACGAGUGUAGAGAGAUCCACUCGCCGUACUCAAUAAAGGACUUUACAGCCUCGCCGUUUAGGAUUUUUGGAAACGAGUUUAAGAUAUAUACAGUAGAAGGAUACGAAUCGCUCAGAAUGGCACUGCAUAACAAAAAGUCGGACGUAAUGUACGACAAGGUGCCAGUGAAGCUGGCGAGACACCUGGACAGAUACGACAUCAGGAUAUUCAAAAACGUGGACGGGCUUCUGGGAAUAGCAGGCCCGGAGGUGUGCUGCAGAACGAGCAUAUGGGACAGAAUCAUAAGAGAAUACAGAGGAUUCUUCGUAAUAGACAUUAACCCGCCGGAGAACGUGAGGUUCCCGAGUAAACUGUACCUGGGAACAGAUAGGCUGGCGGACGAGGACAUCAAGUGGUCAGAAAAGCGUCAAGUGGGAGGACUCGUGACCAACUCGUCGCUGCAGUUCACAAUGUACGACCUAAAAAUAUGCAACGUAAGCCUGUUUGGAAAAACGUCAUCAAACUGGGAGGCGACAAUCGACUUAUCAACGCCGUACAUGGUGCUGCCGAAGAACUUCUGGAUCACGCUGAUGAAAUACUUGCCAGUGGACCCAUCGUGCUUCACAGACGAUACGCAGCCGAGGCUGUGCAAGCUGCUGCCGUCAGAGCGAUACUUCCCAAUCAUGGAGUUUAAGUUGAGUAACCCGUACUUCGUCAACUUUGAAAAAUGUGAGCCUCAGACAGUAAAAAUACCACUGGAAAAUCUGCUGGAGGACGACGGAAAGUCGAAGACAAUAAUGAUCGUGCCGGACGAGUUCAGAGACAAGUCACCAUACACGCUGAAUCCAUCAAUCAAACUAGGAUACAAAGUUCUCGAGUCGCUCAACGUCGUCGUUGACACGGAAGGGUACAGGAUAGGGCUGGUCCCCAAAAACGAGCUCGUAGGAUCGCUAUCGAAGUGCGCCGAAGUGCCAGUGUGCAUCGGAGACCAGGUAUACGAGCCUGCACUGAACGUGUGCGUGGACCCGAUGUGCAGCAUGUGGCUGAUGAAGCGGCUGAACCCAGAGUCAAGGGUCUGUGAAACGUCGUUCCUCGCCAAGAUACUCUUCACGACGAUCAUCUCGGUUCUCGUAAUAGCAGAGUUCUACUGCAACUUCGCAAGGAGACACAUCUUAAAGAUCACGUCAAGACUGUGUCAGUGA